CAGCUUUCUAUCCUCAUUUAGGCUUUAAUCGCCAAAGAAGGAGAGGGCGAGCGACGAUGGACGCCGAUCCCCUCCUCCGCAAAUCCGCCACCGUUGCCGGCGCCGUCGACUACCGUGGCCUCCCCGUUUCCAGGUCCUCCUCCGGCGGCUGGUCUGCUGCCCUCUUCAUCAUAGGAGUGGAGAUCGCGGAGCGGUUCGCGUUCUACGGCAUCUCCUCGAAUCUGAUCACCUACCUCACCGGCCCCCUCGGGCAGUCCACCGCCGCCGCCGCCGCCGCCAUCAACACAUGGUCCGGCGUAGCCUCUAUGCUGCCGCUUCUCGGCGCCUUCGUCGCCGACUCCUAUCUGGGCCGAUUCCGGACCAUCAUCCUCGCAUCCCUCCUCUACAUCCUGGGCUUGGGCAUGCUCACCUUCUCAUCGGCGCUGCCAUCCAUCCGUCCAUCUACAUGUGGUGACACAAUGGAUCACACAGCCUGCAGACCAUCUCCUGCCCAAGUGGCCUUCUUCUACUCCUCCCUCUAUCUCAUUGCAUUUGCCCAGGGAGGCCACAAGCCUUGUGUUCAAGCCUUUGGUGCUGAUCAAUUCGACCAAAAUGACCCUAAGGAAUGCAUGGACAAGAGCUCCUUCUUCAACUGGUGGUACUUUGGGUUGUGUGGUGGCACUGUAGUUACACUGGUGGUCCUAAGCUAUAUCCAAGAUAACAUUAGUUGGGGUCUUGGAUUUGGAAUUCCAUGCAUUGCAAUGCUGUUUGCUCUCGUUGUUUUCUUGCUUGGGACCAAGACUUAUCGAUUCUAUGUCCUGGAGGAUGAGAGUCCAUUUGUUCGAAUAGGCAAAACACUUGUGGCAUUUGCAAGACGUAGGCAGGCAAGUAUUCGCAUUGGAUCUCAAGAAACAGGAGAAACACUACAUUACAAUCCAUCUGGUGGUCCAAAUUGUUCAUCAUCAAGCAAGGAUAUUGAUAGUGUAGACAAUGUGGCUGAUGCACAUGAAGCAAAGGCGAUACUUCGAUUGUUUCCGAUAUGGGCAACCUGCUUAAUAUAUGCUGUUGUUUUUGCCCAGUCUUCAACCUUCUUUACCAAGCAAGGAAGCACCUUGGAUAGAAGGAUAGGUUCAAACUUUGAAGUCCCGCCUGCAGCAUUGCAAAGCUUCAUCAGUGCCUCCAUUGUAGCUUUCAUUCCGAUCUAUGAUCGAAUCCUUGUGCCCAUAGUCAGAAAAUACUCCAAAAAGCCUGCAGGCUUCACCAUGCUUCAGAGGAUUGGCACUGGAAUGGUCAUUUCUUUGAUUUCUAUGGUUAUAGCAGCUCUAGUGGAGCUGAAGAGACUUGAGACUGCCAGAGAAUUCGGCCUGGUCGAUCAGCCCGCAGCAACCAUUCCCAUGAGCUUGUGGUGGUUGAUUCCCCAGUAUGUUCUCUAUGGGAUUGCAGAUGUUUUCACGAUGGUUGGCUUGCAGGAGUUCUUCUAUGAUCAGAUCCCUGACGCAUUGAGAAGUCUUGGGCUUGCUCUCUACUUAAGCAUCUUCGGCAUUGGGAGCUUCAUCAGUAGCUUUCUUGUGUCUAUGAUUGACAAAGCAACCGCAAAGAGUGGUGAGAGUUGGUUUUCUAACAAUCUAAACCGGGCUCAUCUUGAUUACUUCUAUUGGCUUCUUGCUGGACUCAGUGCUCUAGAACUCAUCAUCUACUUGUACCUUGCACGAGUUUAUGUAUACAAGAAUAAAGAAAGCAGUGCAGUUGUGUAACAUGACUUAUGUUGUAAUUGUGGGAGGUUGGGUCAUAAUAGGCCUCCUAGUCGUUGGAAUAUUUAUUUGGCCGAUUAGACUUAUGUUAUUCAAGUUGCUGCAAAUGUUACUUAAUGCAAUUCCAUUAGUGUCA